UUUUUGCGGGGAGGAGCACGUUAGUUUGCAGCCAGCGGAGUUGCACUGUUGGGUGGGCGGAUCGUAGCGGUGACAGCGACGCUCGGAGACUCCCGACAAACUGUCAAAAAGCAGACAACUAACGUCAUGGCGGAGUUAGACCUGAGUCUGAGUGAUGCGCUGACAGACAGCGCUCCCCAGCCAGGCCCUGAGAGCCUGGUGGAGCGGGACUUUGUGGCUCAGCUGGAGGCUGAGGCCUUCGACGAUCAGGUCGGGGAGACGGUGGGAAAGACAGACUACAUCCCCCUGCUGGACAACGAUGACACCAGGGCAGACUCGGGUGCUACGUUGGAGAAUGGAGAGCAGGAAGCUCAUGGUGUGCAAAAGCCUGGUUGUAAGCUGACCUCGGGGGGACAGACAUCAGCGUCACGCCCGGAGCCGCAGGGAGAGGUGCGGCCACUAUCGUUUGACCAGAAACAGGCCUUGGCUACAGACUUUUUAUCAGCCUCCAUGGCAGGUUAUUCAGAUCCUCUGGGCUCUCAGACCAGCUCUGCCCAAAUGAUGGAUACUGGCCUGAUGGCAGCUUUCUCAGGUUUCUCCCAACCUGGAGGGAAGGGGGUCACUGUGGAGUUGGGAGCUGCCCCCCUCCAAGCAGAGAGACCUCCUAGUAUAGCAGAGCCCCAGCAUCUUACAGCCCCAGCGGGGUUGGACGCCCCUAAAGAGCACAGCCCCAUGCUGCCUGAACCCCAGGUUCCUCGCAGCCCUGUAGAUCUGUCAGCAGGUGCCUUAGGCGACGGCUGGCCAGACCAGGCUGGCUGCCUACCGACAGACCUACCUUUCACACCCAGCGUCACCUCGGUGAUCAAUCGCCAUGCGGGCCAUCUUGCAGCCAGGCCUGAUGACCCACCUGACAGUUGGCCUAGCCGAGAGAGCCCUGCCUACGCUGGAGGCGAUGAAAGGGAGGGAGAUGGAUCGGACCGAAAACAGAAGAAGAAGAAGAAAAGGCGACAGAAGGAUGAGGGAUCUUAUGAACACCUUGAGAACAGGGGUCAACCUGAGAUGCAAGCACAGGGAGAAAACACUCCCCCGACAGAGGAUUUCUACCACCGGAUUGGCCCAAGGCGGGAUAGAGGAGAGGGUAGCUGGGAGGAGCAGCUUGGGAAGAGUGGAGGCCGGGGGAAGAAGGGGAAGAGCAGGAAGAAGCUUCCAGGGGAGUGGGCAGUGAUGGGGGAUCCAUUUGUUCCUUCGUCCGCAGCGACCUCUCAUGUCACAGAGGAGGUGAUGAUGGAUAUAGGGAGUUCAGCUCAGGCAAACCUGGAAGCCUCAUUCAAAGAGAUGGACACCAGCCAGAGCCCCUGGAAAAAGGAGGUCUACCCAGAAGAAAGUCUGAUUCCUGCCCCGCUGUCCCAAGACCUAUUCUCCCCAACAGCAGCUUCCAUUAGCCCACUGGUCCUGAACAGUGAGCUGAAAGCCACAGCAGCUCCGUUCAAUAUGCCCUCCACCACCAACAAUGCAACACUUGGAUCCGAACCCAUGGCUCCUCAACCUGGUGAUUCAUUUGAUCUCCUGGUGGAUACCGAAAAUGCCAGUUUGGGCAACAGCAACCAGGCCUUCUCUCCGCCUCUCUCUCCAGAUAAUAAAGCAACGGGUAGUGACAUGGUUGAUAGCGGGAUGUUUGACAACACCAGUUCCCUCCAAGAGUCUUGUGUGCAAGACAUGCCUGAAGAAGACACCUCUGCUUUCAGCCCUGCCUCGCAGCCAAGUCCGGGCCUUUCACAGAAAGGUGAGGUGUUAGCCUCAGCUCCACCUCUUUCACCUUCAGAUGCUUCGUGGCUCCUGAACGACUCACACAUUAGCAGCAACAGCGAGCUUUUUGACUUCAGUGACAUAAGCACCUCAGGUCAUCCUUUACUCUUGGGCUUGUCCUUUGACACCCCAAGCCCAGCACCUCUCCGCUCUCCCAAAACCACAGCGCAGGAAAUCCAACCAAAAGAGCACAAAGAUGACAAGUCGUCCCAGAAACAAUCCAAGAAGUCUCGUUCUUCAUCCUCUUCAUCCUCUGUAAAGAGUCCCACUUCCCCAGGAGCUAAGAAGUUCCCUCCACAGGCAUCCCCUGUCAUCAGCCCCUCUUCCCCUCCGUCGGUCAACCCUCUGGGAAUUCCAGGAUCCGGUCUUAACCCUGCAGCUAAGCCCUUCUUUCCCAGCUUUGCUGAUCCCAUGGAAGAACCAGCUUUGGUCCCUCCACUUGCCCCCACCAUCGAAGUAAAGUCAGACAAGAUGGAGAAGGCAGACAAGAAGGAGGAAAAGGUGGAGGAUAAUGUCAAGAAGGUGGACCCCUUCAGCCCUGUGGACAAAGCUGAGCAGAAGAGCGUCAAGGUUGAAUUCGUAAUCCCGGAGACUCCUGCUAAGGUGGAGAAAGAGACAGAGAAGGAAAAGCAGAAAGACACAGAGAAAGAGAAGGAGAAAGAAGUGGAGAAGGUAAAAGAGGAAAAAGAAAAAGAAAAGGAGAAGGAGAAAGCAGCAGAAAAAGGGAAAGAGAAAGAGGGGAAAGAGGCUGAAAAAGUUAAAGAGGAGAAAGUGACAGAAAAAGUGAAGGAGGCAGACAAACCGGCAGAAAAGGUGGAGGAGAUAAAGAAGGAGGCAGAAAAGGUGGAGGAGAUAAAGAAAGAGGCAGAAAAGGUGGAGGAGAUAAAGAAGGAGGCAGAAAAGGGGAAAGAAAAAUGGAUGGAGAAAGAAGAGUCAAUGCAGCAGAAGGGAGAAAAAGAGGAUAAAAUGAACAAGGCAGAAGAAUCACCAGAGAAACUGGACAAGACAGACAAAGUGGAGAAGACAGAGAAAGUAGAGAACAAAGCUGAGAAAGCAGAGAACGUGGAAAAGAUGGACAAAAAUGAAAAGUCCAAGGUGGAAGAAAAACCAGAGAACAAAAACACUGAGACACCAGAGAAACCAGAGAUGAAGGACAGCAAAGAGCAGCACAUUGAGAAAGUGGAGAAGACCCCAGAGCAACAGCCAACACCCAUCAACCUCGAUACCAAUCAUGACAAGCUGGAGAAGAAGGCCGACACCGAGACGAAGGUGACGGCAGAGGUGGAAGAACCCAAGAAAGAAAAGGCCGAUGCAGAUACAGCCAAGAAGACCGAGAAAGAGGCCGAGAUGGAGAAACCGUCCGAGAAGCCCGCCGAAAAACCCACGCAGAAGAACGAGAAGGAGGAGAAGCAGGAGAAAAUGCCGGCUGAGAAAAAGACUGCUGAGAAAAAGGAUGACAAGAAGGACAAGGCAGCGAAGCCAGAGGGAGGAGAGAAGGCCAAAAAAGCAAAACCUGCGGCGAAUGGAAGCAGCGCAACUCCCAGCAAGGACCUGGCAGCUGCAGACAAGAAGGCCAAGCCUGCUGCCGGGGCGACCAAACCGAGCACCGCUGCCAAAAUGCGGCCAAGCUCUGCGGCCGCUAGCGGUGGUCUGCCCGCAGCCCAUACUAAGCGCCCCACACCCUCCACUGCCACCUCCACCUCAGACAAAAAAACAACCACAGCAAAGGCACCAUCCACAACCACUGUGGGCCCAAAGCGGCCCUCCACCACUUCUACCAGCCGCCCCUCGUCAUCAGCCACAACCACUGCACGAGAUGUCAAACCCAAGUCAACUCAAGAGAAGCGUCCCUCUCUGCCAAAGGCCAGCACUGCCACCUCAAAUCAAACAGGCUCCACUGCUGCCACCAAAAAUGGAACUGCUCCCACAGCAGCCAGUAAAACCACUACAUCAGUGCGCACGACACCGUCUACUCGCACCACUGCCACCACUGCAGCCAAAAAGCCUCUGGCCUCAAAGACAGACAGCAAGCCAGGAGAGGAGAAGAAGCCCAGCGCUCUGAAGACCUUUGCAGCUGACUCUACCAAGCCCAAGACCACCACCACCCGCAGCACCGGUUCCACCAAUGCUGCCUCUCGCACUCGAACUACAGCAGCCAAACCGGCCACACCAUCCUCCACCUCUGGCACGGUACCAGAGAAGAAGCCCCCGGUGCCCCGCGCCCCCCGGGCUGCUUCCUCAACCACAACUAGCAGCACAACCGCCACCACGAGGACCACGGCUCGCCCCGGCACGGCGCCGGGCCCCGACAUCCGCAACGCCCGCUCUAAGAUUGGCUCUACAGACAACAUGAAGCACCAGCCUGGAGGAGGGAAGGUGUCAUCUGCCUCUCAGAACAGGGGUGUCGCCUCCAAAGAAACGAGCCAGGGCAAAGUUCAGGUAGUCUCCAAAAAGCUGGACUUCAGCCACGUCACCUCACGCUUGGGCUCCAAGGACAAUAUGAAGCAUGUUCCUGGUGGAGGGAAUGUGCAGAUCCUCAACAAGAAGGUGGAUUUGAGCAAGGUGACGUCAAAGUGCGGCUCCAAGGACAACAUCAAGCACAAGCCUGGUGGCGGGGUCGUGAAGAUCGAGUCCCACAAAGUGAACUUUAGGGAAAAGGCUCAGUCCAAAGUGGGCUCCAUGGACAACGUGAGCCAUUCACCUGGUGGAGGAAACAUCAAGGCUGAGGGGGCCCAGGAGACCACAGAGGGGAAUGGGACUCCCCUGAGUGGCACCCCGGCCCCAGCCCCAGGCUCCGAGCCAGGGUUGGCUGGGAGCCCCGCUGCCCAGGAGAAUGGGCUGAAGGACGGGGCUCCCUGUGAUAGUGAGGUCCUCCGGGAGCCCCAGGCUCUGGACUCAAGCAUCCCAGAGACAAAUUGAGUCUUUCAAGCUCAACUUCCGCGAGAAUGCUCGCUCUCGCACGGACCAUGGCGCCGACAUCGUCACCUGGCCAGCCCCCCAGGACAACAACAGACCCCAUCCACACGGUUCCUCCUAUUCUCUACACCACCACCAAAACCACCACCCGACUCCUCGCAGCAUCUCCCUAUUUGAAUCGUUGGCUUCUGCGGGCCCUGACAGCUCCCCCUCUGCCCCCUCCUUGCUGCAUCUUCAGGUGGAGGUCCAGGGGGACAGCAGCAGCUCCUCAAUGGAAUCUUGACCUUUUUUUGCCCCCCAUCAAGCUCUGAAUGCCCCUCUCAUCUUAAAUCAAAAGUCUUGACUUAUCUGAUAGUUCUGCCACUCUAGUAUCAACUUCAUGCCUCUUCUCUCACAUCUCAGCUCAUCAUCAUCCCCCCCAAUCGUUGCCACCCCCACCCGUCUGUAUUUGGCUGAAGUGACUGUAUAGACUAAGCUUGGGCCUUGUCGGGAAUCUAUGUGAAGGGAAACGAGGGGACGGCAAGGUUUCCUCACAUAUUCAGUUGCGUCUUCUUCAAGCUGGCUGACCUGGAAUCAUUGGGUUUCACCGACAGCCUGGUGGUGGACUCUGCUCUCUCUGGCCCUGCGUGACCUCUCCUCCAAUACCCCAAACAGCAGCAGCAAUCAGUUUAUUUGUCCCCUGAGCAGCAUGGAAACCCUUCUGGACUCACCUACCUUCUGUCACACAUACAUACAGUAGCUUCUCUUUUCCCUUGUGACUGUAGGGGCUGUUUGUUCCCAGUAACCAUUUACUCUCUGCUUCAAUAACAUCAUAGUAAUUCAUAUUCAUGUUCAUCUUCAUCAUCACUUCCUCUCUCGUCACCAUCACUUACCAUAAACAAGCUGACAAACAGAAAAGCUAGACAACAAGUAGGCUGUUUGAACCAUUUUAGGCUGUUUAACUCUUUCUUCUCUGUGUUUGUGAUGAUGUGUUUGAGUGACAAAAACAUGUGUAAAAAUGAGCUUUGGUGUUCUGUUCUUAUCUUAUUUUCUUUCUUUCUUGAGUUUUCUCAUUCUUUCCUCCUAGUAUUUUGUUUUUAAAACAGGUUUUCAUUUAUUUAUUCUAUGUUACUUCCUGUAUAAGCAAUACAGCGAUAGCACUCAGAAAAAUCUUGGAAACACGCACAGGAUUUGUAAAACCAAGACACAUGGUGAAGAGAAAGAUGAUAUUCAGAGGGAGGAAGAAAGUGAGGAAGGAGGAGUUGAGGGUUAGGGUGAAAAAGAUGCAUUUAAGGUGUGUUUUUACAUGUAUUGCAAAAUAACAAAUGACAAAUAUUGAAACCUGAAAGUUUUUUGAAAUGCAAUAGAGGAUGUUAGCUGAAGUAGAGACGCUGUAACUGAGUGUGCAGACCAGAGGGAGACGAGGAAGAGAGGAAAUGUCUCUGAAGUCAGAGCGGCUGCGUGUCUCGUAUGUGCCUCCUGUCCUUCCUACCUGAAAACUGAAGUUAAUGAGGAUGAUGCAGGCUCAUGCCUAAAACUGCUCAGAGAAGAGUCAUAGUUGGCAAAACAGAUUUAAAACACUAUUGCUGUUUUAAUGAAAAAUCUGUAAAUCAAGCUGUCCUGGUAGUUGUGUGUAAUCACAGGUUCAGGUGUUUCUAUGAGGGUAAUGGUAGCAUGUUGUUCAGCUGAACACAAAGCAUCUCUAAUAGUGUGUGUUCAGCAUUUUUUCUCAUUGGAAGUAUUGGCAGUGGAACGUGAUGUGGCUUUAUCCUCUUCUCGUGUAGCAAUGUUGCCUCUAAUUGCCUUUAUAGUGCAUGGCCAGAUUAUAUAAUAUCACACCCAGAGCUGAAAGCCUAUGUGCAUUAUGACUCAAAGUGUUGUGGUUUGGCACCAUAUGUAUAUCUCUGGGGCAGUCCUAGUCAGUUGAUGUGUUGUUACUCAAAUGACGACUUGUAAUGGCGAUGAGCAAGGACAACUAGUUUAUCAUGGUCGCACUUUCACCUUUUACUGUCGUGAUUUAACUCCACUGCUCCAAGCGAGGUGCAGAUUGUAUACAGUGACUCCAUGGCUCAAACAUACAGAGAUGAACUACAAACAGACAGAAACGAUAUUUUCUGAUGUUAUUAGUUCUAUUAUCUCAUUAAUACAUCAGUUACAUUCUGCUCAUUAUCCACUUUCCAGCUAUUACUGCAUCAAGUAUAGUGUUAUAACAAGGGCUGGGUAUUGUUUGCGGUUCUAGAGCUAUUACUGAUACCAAAACAACACUUAGGUCAUUACCUUAGACCUGCAUUCAGUGAUUUUUUAUCUUCUUUGUGGCAGCACAAAAAAUUGUAAACACAACAAUGACAUGCUAUCACCUUAUAAAGUUGAUAUGGUAAACAUAUUAGCAAACAAUUGCCUAUGUACACAUGUAGCAGACACAUCAUGUCAACAUUAGCAUUCAUUUGGAGUCACAUUUCUCGCCACCUGGCGAAAGUCCAAUAUUCACUGUCCUUUUAGCUCUGUUUUCAUCUCCUAUCACUGUUCACUAGCUAGCUGCUAAGUUUUACUUAAAUAUACAGUGACUUUAUUUGAACUUUUUUGCUGAAAACGAUUAACCUGCUGCAUCUGAAAACAUGAUGAUGAGAGCGGUAAGGGUGAACAAAAACAGCUCAAGUUUCUGGCUGUAAAAACCAAAACAAAGAUCUGAAAGUUAAAAGGCUCUGUGGAGCUAAGAGGAACUGCAGAACUGAAUCGUAACUCUCUGUGGGUUUGUCACUACGUGCAACCCCUUCCAUAUUACACAUAGUUAAUGAAUCCAUCGUUGGUAUAAAAAAAAAAAAAAGUAAUAUAAAAAGAAGUGCAGCUUUAAUUAGUAGGGUUUUUCUAUAAGACUCAUCUUUCAUUUAACAGAAUCAGGGGAUUUGUAAAACUUUGUCAAUUGCCUGCCAACAAUUGACAAAAUUUUGAUGUAAAUCUAGAACCAUGUGAUCAAAGAAUAAUUAAAAAAGAACAGGAAAAAUGAUGUAAACUUACAAAGAUAACGUUACUUACAGUUUUUGUUGUUUGCAUAAUCAGUGCAUACAACAUAUCAGCCCUUGUCCAAAUUAAAGAGGGUAUCAUGGCAAAUACUUGUCAAAAAUUUAGAACAAAUCUUCAGAUCAUUUGGAUUAUUGGAUUUGAACUCUGUUGCUACAUUGACUGCCCCCUAGAUGACGUCAAACCACAAAAACACUCCUGAGGUUUUUUUUAUUGAAAUUGUUACUUUAAGAAUGAUUUGUAAAGAAGCUUUGACACAACAACUAAAUAGCACUUUAAUGCUUUAAUAUAUCAAAGAGAGCUCACUGUUAUUGAGUGAUGGUGUUUAAUUAACAUAAAAUACCUCUAUUUGAACAAGUGAUCUUAAUUGACUUAAUCUUGAAUGAGCUGUUGCGUAAUAACAGAGCAAUAAACUGACUUACACUGCCAUCACCUUUACUAUUCAGUCAUUAACAGAUUCAGUCAUUAUUUUUGUUCUACAUUGGAAUCCCUUAAAAUAUAAUUAAACAAUGAAGCUAAGAAAGAAAUAUAAUUUUUUUAAAACAGAAAUGGGCAAUAAAUUCCAAUGAAUGUCGUCUGAAGGACAGAAAGUGUGACGGCUUUUCUGCCAGCGGAGGGUUGAGCGUUGAAUUGUUGUGUUUGUGCCACACCUGUCACCUAGCUAAAGUUUUCCUCGUGCCUGUCCACAGCCAUGUUUUAGCUUUGCUUUUACCCCAGGGUUUUUACUUACCACUACUUCUGAGCUUGCACAUGGAUGUACAUAGAUAUUUUAUUGACAAUGAACUCUUUAUGGCCCUGAAAACAAGAACAAAUCAGCAACAGCAUCAAGGGGUUGAUGGGUGGGUGGGGGGUUUCAAGGUUGUUCAGAACAGCUUUUAUGUCCAUGUACCUUUAAUGAUUUUAAGGGGAGGAAGUUUUAUCAUGACUAUUAUGACUAUUAUUCUGACUAUUAGUAUGGCAAAUUGAAAAGUCCGGCCUUUUUCAUUGGAAAGAGGCCACUGAAGUGAAAGAAUGUCUUUUGAGAUAUAUUGUACUAAAGACGCAACACUUUUGUAUAUGUAUUUAUCGUUGUGUUCCUAUAGCCUCAUGACGGUUGUGCAGUCAUGGCUGAAAGGGGUUAUACUUUUGAUUUGUGACAGCCGGUUUCACAAACUGCGAUGUGGACUUUCUCCAAGGAUGUGAGAUUUGAAACCCAAAUACAACACAAAGUCUUUAAAAUCUCAUAGGAACAGGUUUUAUUUACGGUGCUGUAAGAGCAGAUUGAUUUAGAAAUUAGCUUAAUUAAUUCAAGACUAUUUUAACAAAAUUUGUAGUGCACAUUUAUGCGUACACACUAAUAAAUCAUGCCCAUGAACACCAGUCUUAAGAGAUGAAAAUUAUGUUCUGAUUAUCUCGUAAAGUUUCAGGAUACAGUGACCUCUGUAGUUUCAUAUGAUAAGAUGAAUGCGACUGAAGCUAAUGCACCAGAAUCACGAUAUUGUCCAUCACAGUAGACGUGGGGAAUUUCUUGCUCAAGCAGGCACUAAGUUUAGAGGUCAGUGUAUAGGCCUGUAAUUUGGGAGUACUGCAUAUCAAUAUAUAUUGGCUGCUACAUAUUGCACUCAAGAGCAGCAACCUGCCCUGGAGAGUCACACACACCGAGACCCUAACACAUCCUUGUUUGCAGUUAAGAAGACUUAAGUGUAGCUGCCAGGUUUUGGCUUGUGUAAUUAAUGCUCCCCAGUAAUCGAUCCAAGGAGCAUUGUAGAGCUUCAUGUACUGCUACUGUACUCAUACCAGACAUGUAAGUGUAACACUAGCUAAUAAACACCUUCUUUACCUGCAGAGCAUGCUGAAAAACAAUGGGAUGUGUUAGGUAGACUUACUAUGUCAUUUGCAGAGCCUCCUCAUUGUUUUUUUUUUUGUGUUUUUUUUUUCUUCUUUUUUUUCUUUUUUCAUUAAUUUGAAUUUUAUGUUUUGGUUUGGAAAAAAAGUGUUUAUUGUGAUUACUUGUUAAUUAGUGAUGUGAUUAUUAAACAUGAAAUAAAAUGGACUAAAACUCUCA